GUGUUUUGUGGAUGUGUUGUGCUUGUGCUGUUGUGCAGUGGUGUAGUGCGGGGGUAAAAUUUUCGCAGUUUUUCGUGGGAAAACUGUUAUUUUGAUAAAUUUUCAUUUUAAAAUGGAAAUUGCAAAUGCUGUUGGAACUACUCCAGGUGUAGCCCGUAAUCCUCGUAUAAUGGAAGGAGUCGGUGCUCGAGUCAUUCGCGGACCAGACUGGAAAUGGGGAAAGCAGGAUGGAGGUGAAGGUCAUGUUGGUACAGUAAGAAAUUUCGAAUCUCCAGACGAAGUCGUUGUAGUUUGGGAUAAUGGAACAGCUGCAAAUUAUCGUUGCUCAGGCCAAUAUGAUUUGAGAAUCCUAGAUAGCGCUCCCACAGGUGUUAAACAUGAAGGUACCAUGUGUGAUACUUGCAGGCAGCAACCUAUAUUCGGUAUCCGUUGGAAAUGUGCCGAAUGUGGAAAUUACGAUCUUUGCUCCGUUUGUUAUCAUGGAGACAAACAUCAACUACGACAUCGGUUUUACCGCAUUACUACUCCAGGAAGUGAACGAGUCUUUUUGGAAACCCGGCGAAAAACAAAAAAAAUCGCUAUUCGGGGAAUAUUUCCAGGUGCACGAGUUGUACGUGGUGUUGACUGGCAGUGGGAAGAUCAAGAUGGUGGAAAUGGACGACGUGGAAAGGUCCAAGAGAUUCAAGAUUGGUCAGCAGCUAGUCCCAGAUCAGCUGCUUACAUUGUCUGGGAUAAUGGAUCUAAAAACUUGUAUAGAGUUGGUUUUGAAGGAAUGGCAGAUUUGAAAGUGGUAAAUGAUGCAAAAGGUCAGAAUGUGUAUCGAGAUCAUCUACCUUGUUUAGGGGAACAUGGACCUGGAAGAAAUGCUCCACCAGGGUUGAAAAUUGGGGAUCAGGUUAACGUAGAUUUGGAAUUGGAAAUAGUUCAAUCACUGCAACAUGGCCAUGGUGGUUGGACUGAUGGUAUGUUUGAAUGUUUAAAUAGCAUUGGUACUGUAGUAGGAAUUGACGAAGAUCAUGACAUUGUUGUGGCCUAUAAUAGUGGUAACAGGUGGACUUUUAAUCCUGCUGUCUUGACCAAAGUUGCAACUCCAACAAAUUCGGGUGGAUUCAAUGAGACUCCUCAACAACAGUUUGCAGUCGGAGAUGUGGUUCAAAUCUGUUCUGACAUGGAAAGAGUAAAGAUGUUACAAAGAGGCCAUGGAGAUUGGGCUGAUGGAAUGGCAGCUACUCUUGGAAAAGUUGGCCACGUCCAACAAAUUUACAACGAUAAUGACCUCAAAGUGGAAGUUUGCAACACCACUUGGACCUACAAUCCAUUGGCCGUUACCAAAUUGGCAAGCAAAGAUGGCACCAUGCAUGGAACUACAUCUGGAGAGCGAUUAAGUGCCUUACUUAAAAAGCUGUUUGAAACUCACGUUUCCGGUGACGUAAAUGAAGAGUUAGUAAAAUCAGCUGCUAAUGGAGAUUCACAGAAGUGUGAAGAAGUGCUAAAACAAAGUAACACUGCAGGAGCUGGAAUAGGUCCGGACGUAAACGGGGUCUUUGCCGGUCACACAGCCCUGCAAGCCGCCAGUCAAAACGGUCAUUUAGAAGUGAUAUCAGUACUGCUGAGAUAUCACGCCGAUGUCGAAAUCGAAGACAAAGAUGGUGACAGAGCCGUUCACCAUGCCGCUUUCGGUGACGAACCGUCCGUCGUACAAUUAUUGGCGCACGCCGGGGCCGAUUUAAACGCGCGUAAUAAAAGACGACAAACUGCUUUGCAUAUCGGUGUUAAUAAAGGACAUAUCGGUGUUGUGAAAAUGUUGCUGGACCUGCAGUGUCAUCCGAGUUUACAGAAAGCGGUAUCGUCUUAUGGCGGCCGUAAUACCAGUAAUACGGCUCAAAAAAAUACAGCGAGCAUUGCGUUACAGCGGCAAAAAGAUGAAUGUCCAAAAACCGAGAUUUUGAGAUUAAUAUGCGAAUUGGAACAUAAAAUACCUCAGAAUCUGACAGUCUUUGAACCAUCUAAAACCAAAGUGCGUCACAAGUUACAUCGAAUUUUGAUACACGGUCCCACAAUGUCGGUGAAAAAAGAUCACGUGUUUAGUACAGAACAGAAGUGA